AUGAGCUCCAUUCCCUCGCCGGAGGAGCUGGAGCACUUCCAGCGCCUCUCCAACAGCUACGAGCCCGACUUGCAGGGCCCGCUGGUUGGUCCCAGGAUGUCGACCAAUGCAAUCGUCAACGAGUAUGCACAAGGUCAUCCAAUCUAUGUUGCGAAGACGUCGGCCCUCGCUGCAACCCACUCGCAUUACCGCACGAUGAAGGGAGACGGCAAUUGUGGCUGGAGAGCCCUUUCGUUUGGCUAUUUUGAAGCCCUGUUGCGUCUCCGUGAUGCCCGCAAGAUUGCCGAAGAAAUUGUCCGCCUCAAGGGCUUUAACCGGCUGAUAGCCGCCAGUGGUCACGCAGAGGAUUUGUUCGAGAUGUUUGUCGACGCUUCUGUGUCUCUCCUCGAAGCGAUGCUGAAAGCCAUUGGGUCCGAAAACUACGAUGAUUCGGUCCUGAUGGACGUUUACAACGACGAAUACACCUCAACUUCCAUCAUCCAGCAUUUCAGAUUGAUAACGAGUGCCUGGAUGAGACUUCAUCGUGAUCAAUAUCAGAGUUUUCUGCCGGAACCCUUGGAUCAAUACUGCCAAAGGACUAUUGAGACUGUGAAAACUGAGAUUGAUGAAAUCGGCCUCCAGGGCUUGGUGGACGGUGUGAUUUCCGAUUCUGGCUUCGCCGUCCAGAUUGCCUACUUGGAUAGAAGCCAGGGUGACCAGGUUAAUUUCCAUGUCCUUACUCCUGGUGGCCCUAGCCUUGCCACUAUCCGUUUGUUGUACCGACCCGGCCACUAUGAUGUUCUGUAUCCGACAGACCCAAAUCAGCUGGAUGUACCUGUGAACUUCCAGUUUGGGCUGACAUAUAGCAGCUCUUCCUGGUGCUCCGCCGGCUUACCGUUUGACAUAAACUCUGCCUUGAUAUCCAUUCCUGCCGUAUCCAUAGAAGACCAAUACUUUCGCCCGAUGCCGGUAAACCCUCACUUCCACCCGCCGAUGGCCGUGAAUCCCUUGGCCUAUGAGGAGGUAUAUUCCGCAGCCCAACCGCCGCCACCGCCGCCGCCACCACCUCCACCUCCACCACGCCCACCGGUUGUCACCACCACUCUACCGCCUGCUGCUCCUGAUCGAUCUGGGGAGCUACCUAUCCGAAUGAACCCACUGGUUAGUGAGCCGAUGAACACGAUCCCACUGAGUUCUAUUCCCUUUAGAAAUUCCCACCACAACCAAGCGCAUUUUCGGAAUCCGGACUUCCAGCCGUCUCAGUGGGAUUACACAAAAGAAUACAAAUAG